AUGAGCUCCUCCACACCUGAUCGGACAGCCUCCUCCGAUUCCCGCGCUCGCCGGUUCAAGCUCCGACAGGCGACGUUCAUUCUGCCUCGUACAGGCCAGCGCUUGAAAGGGUUAGUGAACCUGGUGAAAUCGGGAAGUCGCGAUGGCGGCACUGCUGCUGCCCAAGAAGAUGGCGACGAGGAGGAGCAACGUCCUCUCCUCGACGGCGACUCCUCCGAGUCCUCUUCCACUCCUUUGCAACGGCCUCUACUACCGAACGAGAUGGCAAACGCUGCUUCCUACAAAAUACUAGGCUUGCGGGAUAAAGUGUAUGCAUUCGCGGUUUCAGAGCAUGGAAAGGGUGUCUUCAAGUUUGGUCUGGCUUAUUUGUUGGGCUCUUUGGCGACAUUCAUCCCCUUUAUCUCGUCGUUUCUAGGUCAUCAAGAUGGGAAACAUGUUGUUGCGACGAUCACGGUUUAUUUCCACCCAGCUCGUUCUAGAGGAAGCAUGCUCAAGGCUUUGAUCUGCGCUAUUCUCGCAUUUCUUUAUACAACCUUUCUAUCUGUCACCAGCAUGUGCGUCUCCAUGUUCUUCGACAAUCUUGACUUGCUUGUGAUUGGACAUAUUAUAGUUCUGGUUAUCUUUUGCGGUGGUGGGUUUGCGUUUAUUGGAUGGACGAAGCAGAGGCUCAACGACCCUCUCGUCAACGUUGCAUGCUCUCUCGCUUCCCUCUCUACGACGACAAUUCUGACGAAAGAAGGCGCAGUGCAAAAGGGCGAUCUAUCAUUUGUUAAAAUAUCGCAGACUCUCAAGAUGCUGAUUAUGGGUGUCUGCGCGGCUAUGGCAGUAUCAUUCCUGAUCUUUCCCAUAUCGGCGAGGAAGAAGCUCCGGUCGAAUAUGACGACAAUGACAAGCACCCUCGCAAUUAUGCUUGGCUACGUGACCGAAAGCUUUAUCACCGGAUCCGACGAAGAAAUGUAUACAGCGCCUUUUACCAGUGCGUCUGCACAGAACAAGAGAAGCUACGUUAUCCUGGAUAAAUUGGUCAAAGAAGCCAAACUUGAGCACUAUGUCGCAGGUACGGAGAGGGAGUAUCGCCUGGAAAAGAGACUUGUCCGAUGCGUUCAAGAUAUCAACCAGAAUAUGGGCGGCUUGCAGAGUGCGGCAACUUUACAAUUUCAACUUCUGAAGCAGACUCAACAGGGCCCAAGCAUCUUCUCACCGAGUCAUAACAUUCUUACACGUAAGAACAGCUCAACAAGUUAUCCCGGUAUCUGGUCCGUGUUUGAAGACUCGGCAAAUCUCACACCAUUGGGAGAGCCAGAGGAGGCGGAUCUCACAGCGGAAUCUCAGACAAUACAUGCCACCCCAUCACCGCAGCGCAUGUUUGAAGUCUUUAUUGAACAUUUGGGGCCAUCUAUGCAAUCAUUUGCAUUCACCCUCAAGGAGAUUCUACAGGAGAUACCUUUUGGUCCAGGUCCAGAUCAUAACGUAUCAUUCAAUACCAAGUUCCAUGGUAGUCUUGAUCGUGCCUUAAAACUGUACCGCGACGCUAGAGAAGCGGCUUUGACCUCGGUCUACCGAGAACGAGACUUUGCCAAAAUUCAAUCUCCUGAUGUGGAAGCGGACCUCGAGGAAGUGUCUGCUAGCUGCGGUCAUUUUAGUUUUACUUUGAUGGAGUUCGGAGAACAGUUGAAAGAUCUCCUCCAGAUCCUGGACGAGUUGAAGCUUGAAUGUGAGGAACGACCUCAGGGCUUGACGUGGAAUUGGUUGAAGUUUUGGCGAGUCUUUAAAAGUUCACAUCCGGAACCUUCAAGCAAUGAAUAUUCAAAUCUGGCACUCACGAGCUCAAGCCGUCCAUCCCUCAGGAAAAGACAUUCGUCGUUGGAGGGUGGCUACACGGACGACAUUCGCCUUCAGAAUAAGGUCACCUACCGAGUCUGGAAAUCUCUGGGCUUUUUACGGCGUGACGAGACGAAAUACGCUGUUAAAGUUGGUGCUGGUGCUGCUAUGUAUGCUCUGCCAUCUUUUAUUCCUCUGACGAGGCCUGUGUUUACGGCGUGGAGAGGCGAAUGGGGUCUUGUCUCGUACAUGUUGGUCUGCUCUAUGACUAUAGGGGCAUCCAACACCACUGGGUACGCCCGAUUCCUCGGUACAUGUCUUGGUGCCUGUUGCUCGAUAGCUUCCUGGUAUGUGUCGGGUGGGAAUGUUUUUGCUCUUGCCUUUUUAGGCUGGCUUAUGGCCACGUGGACCGCCUAUAUCAUUCUGGUCAAAGGCCAAGGACCCAUGGGACGAUUCAUUAUGCUCACAUACAAUCUGUCGGUUCUAUAUGCUUACUCACUGUCUGCUAAUGACAAUGAUCACGACGACGAUGAAGGUGGUGCUCAUCCUAUUAUCACGGAGAUUGCACUUCACCGUGUGGUUGCAGUCUUGUCUGGCUGUAUCUGGGGGAUCAUAGUCACACGAGUCAUCUGGCCGAUUAGUGCAAGAGCAAAAUUAAAGGAUGGUCUGAGCCUUCUCUGGCUGCAGAUGAGUUUGAUCUGGAAACGUGAUCCAUUAUCAAUGAUGAUCAAUGGCAAACCCGUUAUUCCAUAUCUGACUCCCCGCGAAAAACUGCAAAUCGAGCGCUUCAUCCAGAAUUUGGAAUCAUUACAGGUUGCAGCCAAAUCAGAAUUCGAACUAAGAGGCCCCUUUCCUGAAGUGGCGUAUCGAAAUAUCAUUAAUCGAACAAGAAGCAUGCUAAACGCAUUCUAUUCUAUGAAUAUGGAGAUUUUGAAAAAUCUCACGGCCUCGGAGGGCGAGAUAAGUUUGCUUCAGUACACGACCCAAGAGCGUGUGCAACUGUCAUCUCGUAUCAGUCAUUUGCUGUCAGUGCUUGCAUCUUCAAUGAAGCUCGAGUAUCCUCUGAAUGAUGCUCUGCCAAGCAUACAACACGCGCGAGACAGACUAUUAGCUCGUAUAUUUCACUAUCGUCUCGAAACCGAAUCAUCACUGCGUACCACCGACAGCGAUUAUGCACUACUCUAUGCCUACGUCUUGGUGACGGGUCAAUUAGGAAGUGAGAUUAUUGAGCUUGUAAACGAAAUCAGCAUCCUGUUUGGGGUAUUGAAUGAGGAUGUCAUUGAGCUCCAAUAGCUUUAUAGUUAGAGUAGUAUUGUACAUAACCACAAUAGCAUAUACGGAGUACUUCUGAAUAUGAUCCCUUGAAUAUGUCUACAUUUGCUGCCCACCCGUACAGAAUAUUUAAAAGCAGAAGAGGCUCAACAUGACAAACCAUAUUUAUUCUCAAAUAUAGACAUCUGCGAACAAGUGACGCAGCGAACUAACUAAUACGUACCGAAUGCGGGCGGC